ACCUGCGCGCGCAAACACCAGUUUAAUUUUCGAACGCGGCGAGCACGCGCGUCAAUUCAAAUUAAGAAUUCGUUUUCUUAUUUUUUCGUCGUGUUGAAUUAUAGUUUUUUGUGACCAGCAAUUGUCAAGUGUUUGUGAUUAAGUGUUUUUUUUUUUGUGUCAAAGAUAAUAUAAAAAUCUAUCUUCGGUUCAACAAUAUGCUAAGAGACAUCUGAACUAAAAUCAACAUGGCUUCUUCAAGGACUAAAUUGGCUCUAGUUUUAGUGUGCAUGUGUGUGUUGAGUGACAUAAAGUGCGACAGUGAAGUGAAACUGAACUACGACAUCGAUGAACUUAAAGCAUCAGAACUGUUAAGAGGCAGUGGGGAUAACGAAGAAAUUAAAGACACACAGACACAAAUAAAUACUGCAGAAUUGGACAAAACAGAUAUCAUUGAAGACGCUGACGAUAAUGGUACAGUGGUAGAUAAAUUUACAACUGUUGAUGACGCUCCAACGACGACAGAAUAUCUAGAAGCUUUGGCGCUAAGCGAUGUAGUAGAAAAUAGUAAUGAAGAAAAUGAAGCGACUACAACAACAGAAGCGGAUACAGACACUACAUUGUCUAUAAUAGACAAUAAUGUUUACAAAAGCAGAGACGACAUGGUGGAUAUUUAUUCUGAUGACCGCCUCAAUACGAAGGCUGACGCAACGGCCUUACCUACCACAAGAACGGUGGAUUCAGAUGGGUUGGUGCCCAGAAUAGCUGAGUUGGACGAAGAAAUGGACGUGGGACAGAGAAAUCCUAAGACCGAAAAUUCUGGCCCUAACCCGCCCGUCGACAAACGUAAUUACGACAAGCCGCGCCCCUCCCCCGCAGUCAGCAAGAGCACCACUCUCCGUUCUUGGCUUGAAGACUCAUGGCUCCGCCCGCCCACUGGCAUCCUGGUACCUCUUAGGCCUGUGGCGCUGAACAGGGCCUUGGCUGUUUGGAAUGAUCUCGUUGUUGAUGGUUUAAAUUUGACGGAUAUCAUCAUCAUUGGAUACGACUCUAAUGGUGUCAAUUGGCGUUCGAGACACAGUCUUCAGCCGUCUAGCAACGGGAUAGGUGACCGGGCAGUUUCUGAAGCGCUGUCCAAGUUACUCAUGAAAUACCAGGAAGUCAACACGGACAUCAACACAGAUGGGACAAUGCGCGCUCUCACGUCUGCUGCAAAAUUAGUUCCUUACGAUAGCGCCCUUUUCGUCGUCACCGAUAAAGGCGCUGGUGACAGCCAAAGACUUCCGCUGGCUUUGAGGGCGCUAGUGGAGAAAAGGCUUAAGGUGUACACAAUAUGGACAGACCCCAAUCACCCCAGCGAGGAAUCGGAGAUGGAGUUGCAAGUUCUCAGAAACGUCUCCAGGCACACAGAGGGUGACGUUCUGCCUUACAAUUUACAAGUCAUGGAAAUGGAUAGCUCCAGUAACCUCGCAACAGAUGUUGAUCAAUGGGACUCGAUGGACCUGCUCGGAGGUCGAAAGGCAAGACUAAACACGCAGUUGAACACAGAAAAAUUCGAGACAUUACUAGUACGGCGCGGCGGUGGGGAAGCUAUCUCCCUCGGGAUGCCUGUAGAGAGUGGAGUCACUGCGCUCAAGAUCUUCAUAGAGGGCGCUGUUGAACAUGCCGUGCUUUACCCGCCUAAUGAUGGCCCCCAAAUCGAUUUAUACAAUAGUACAUCGGUGGCUAAUUUCUCUCCGUCAUCAAAAAGCCAAGGCCAUUCACCCAGGGAUGUAUAUCUGGUCUUCCCCGGCGUGGACCCUGAUGAGGACAUGCUAUCAGUAAUCCCAGCCAGCACUUCCAACGUGGGCCCGGUGGACCCAAUGGUGGGAGUCUGGCACCUCAGUCUCCGUUGUGACACGUGCGACUACCGACUCUGCGUUAGAGCCCGAGCGAGGCUCCAUUUUGACGUGGAGACUGUUUCGAAAGGAACGUGGAAGCUGAGAGUUUCAGGACCAGUUGCCAGCGUGAGGGAGUCAGUUCUUAUUGACGAGUAUGGAACUGAGCUUGCCAAGCUGCCUUUUAGCUACCAGCCAAUGACUACAGACGGCCACGAGACCAAAGACAACCCUGUCUCAGAAGUAGUAGACGAAAUCAGCAUACCAACGGUUAAAGCAUCCAAGAUUUAUAUAAAGAUUGUUGGCAGGGACAUGCUAGGUGAACCAUUUGUGCGUCUAGCCGGGCCGUUGAACCAGAAUACAGAAGUGAGGGUAGCAAGGUCGGCCUCUAUAGUGUUUCCUGACGACGUGAACGAUCUGGAGAGAGCUGAAGAGGACAGCUGGAGGGUUUAUAAUGAGAAACUGCUGUACAAUGACAGCAAUGUGCUGCCUUUCAGCAGGGCAGUGUCACAGGUCAUCAACCAAAGAGGAUCGCUCUUGACAGCUGUUCAGAUCGGUUUGAGCUCAAGACUGUACGGCGCUCCCGGUGACAACUUACAGAUACACUUCGAAGUUUCCAACUACAGAGAGCAGGCUGUCAAUUUUCGUUUUGGCGCCGUUGGGGAAUUGAGGUUUUUGAGAGGCAUUAGUCCCACAAGCCAAACGGUACCUUCUGGACAAACAGUUAAUGUCAUUGUUAGCGUCGGGAUCACCACCUCAGCCCAGCCAGGGGCUCGUGACCUCAUAACUUUCACUGCUUAUGGUGUAGAACAAGUUUCGAUCUCUGCCUACGUUUACGUGGUGAACCCAGGGGAGACCACAACCGACAUCUGGGCUCCAGAAGUCCGACACAACUUCCAGGGGACUUGCAUCGGCCGGCAGGGGAACGACUGCGCACAACAUGUCUGGUCUGCGACCAUCAUCGCUAGAGAUGCAGUAGGAGGUCUACUCCGACUCUCGUCUUCACCUGUCGGCUUGGUCUACGACAGCAACUUCAUAUCAGGGUCUCGGGAGGAGGUCAUAGCGACUUACAGAGCCACGUGCUGCGCCCCAAGGGUCAUGGUGACCGCUGUGGACGCUUUCGGGAACGCCAACAGUUACGUAGUUGACAUAUCUGGCUACUACACUCAGGCAGCGAUCGCGGCUAUAGUCCUCGGAGUAUUGUUAGUGAUAGCCCUUAUAGGUUUAGUCAUAUUUUUAAUUUACUGGUGCGUCAAGCGGCGGAGGGAGUCCCGCGAGCUGCCUACCUACAGCACCUCGUCUAGGAACGUUAGUUAAGUUUUGUCUAUUAAGCUGAGUGCACACCGGGUCAACGAAGGCCACUAAGGGUUGGCACGCACGGUCGUAAAAUCUCGAUUAUCGGUGGCUGAUUUACGCCAAACUGCCCAAAAAUGAUCAAUAGCUUGCAAACCCUAUUUGUUAGCCUUCUUUGUGCAGGUGUAUAUGUAUGUAACUUAACAAGAAACAGGUUUAGAAACAGGAUAACGAAAAGUAAGACUAAGUUCAUGUAAACAGUCAUUAUCUAAAAAAUCUGACUGAAACAAAAGAUUGAAUGAUUUAGAAAAUAAGUUCUAUAAACUGUUUAUUUUCCUUAAAAUUUAAUGACAAAUGACAUAUAAUUAAAUAUAAAGUACUUUUUAUGAUAAAUAAUAGUGUUAAUAAUUUAGUCAACAAGGAAUAAUUUGUGAUUAAUUUAAUUUUUUUGUUUUAAAUCUUUUUUUUUCAAUUAAGUACAUCAUUGCUGAACAUGAGAUCGUGGCAAGUGGAAAGAGGUAGUCUCUGCCUACCCCUCCGGGAAAGAGGCGUGAUUGUAUGUAUGUAUGUAUGUAUUGCUGAACAUGGCCUUUCAGUCUUUGCGAGACUGUUGGCACUACCCCAUAAGGGAUAAAGUCGCGAUUAUUUAAGUAACCUUUAGCUUAAAUUAUUUUAUAAGAAGGGCAACUUGUGAGAGGACACUGAAGCACAGUCAAAGAGAAAUGUUGGAAAAAGACAAAAAUAAAAGAGAGGGAGAGGGUGCAACAUAUUAUGUGAAAAUGAAGAGUAUUACAUUUUCUAGGUGCCAUCCCCAUUUGAUCAGAUAAAAUUCUAAAAGAAAUAGGAUCACUCCAUCUCUUUCCCAUAGAUGUCGUAAAAGGCGACUACAGGAUGGGCUUAUAAACUUGGGAUUCUUAUUAUAGGCGAUGGUCUAGCAACCUGUCACUAUUUAAAUCUCAAUUCUAUCAUUAAGCCAAACAGCUAAACAUGGCCUAUCAGUCUUUUUCAGACUGUUGGCUCUGUCUACCCCGCAAGGGAUAUGAACGUGAUUUUGAAUUUAUUUUCAUAUACAUUCCAUAAUAUUGUACUAAUACGGGUAGUAUCUAUUUGUAAGUUAAUUAUUAUUAAUACGUCAAAAAAGCCAUAAUUUUGUGAUGAUGGUGAUAAUAAAUGUAUUUAUUA